CUCAACAGUAUCUCCAACGCCGACUAUACUUUUCUACGUCAGUUUAGUCUGCGACAGUUGAUGGUGAACAAGUGUCAACGAUGUGUCUGUAUAUAUGUUUCGAACGUGAAAUAAGCACAUUGGUCUCGUAAAAGUUAUCUUCUGGAUUACUUGAAUAAGAAAUUGAUAAAGACAGUGAAAACGUUUAUAUGCAGAUGACUGCAAUCACAGUGCAGUCUUACGGUGAGAAAACUACGACUUCAGCGAUUGUGUGAAGCAGCGAUUAACCGCUUUCGAUUACGAGCAAAACCGAUGUUGCAAUAUGUACACUUUUCAUCACUUUUGACCGUAUUGUAAACAUUUGGUCAGUAUCAGUGACAGAAAGAGAAGAAAAGGAGUAACAUCAUGUUUUAUAAUUAGUACACUGUGAAACCGAUACUUCCCAUCGAGUACACAUGUACCUCAUUUUAAAUGCUAGAUAUCUCGUAAACACAGUGACCAUUUUGUGGGAUCUAUAUAUAACAAUAUAAUAAGGUAGAUAAAAAUGGCAAGCAAAUUAUCAAAAGAGUUCAAAAAGUAUCAUCGCCACAAGAAUCAGCUACAGCAUGUACUUGAGGAUACGCAACAUGCAUUGGAAGCCAUAAACCUUGAAAACUUCUUUCCAGGAGAGGAUAUCAUCAAAGAAUUACUACCACCAUUGACUUUGAACAAAGUGACAUACAUACUCGAUAAUUUCCCUGCAAUAGUUGUCUUAGGACAAGACAAUAAAGCCAAAGCUUCACUAGUUAAUAAGUUACUCUCCACUGAUAUUUUGCCAUUAUCCAAUGGUUUAUGGAGAUGGAUUAAACUCACAUAUGGACAUACAAAUCACGUCAGUCUCACUUUAAACUUAGAGUAUGAAAUAAUUGAGAAAUUACAGUCAAAUGAGAAACCAUGGAAUACACUUCUUAUCGAAGAUUUAACAAAGUCAGGAAAUGAAGAUGUCAAUUGUCCGACAAUAUUGGAUGUGAAAUUAGAUCAAGCGAUUCUAAAAGACGAUGUCCAGAUAUUUAUCGUUCCAAAUAAUGGUGUCAUAAAAGUUCUUGCUAAGGGCUCAUUACGAAUCUUACCGAUAUUUCUUUAUGCUCUUGGAGAGCAACCAUUGACUGAAGAAAAUUUGGAAGAAUUGAGAGAAUUGAAAGAAACUUAUCCGUAUCAUCCAGUUUUAUUUAUAUCGUCGUUAACGAAUAUUUCGUUGGAUUCUUUCGUAGAUGCAGAAUUGACUGAGUCUGAGCAGCACAGUUUGCAAAAUCAAAGACUGGUGUCAACUGAUCCUAGCGAGUCAAGAAAUGACAACAGUAUUAGUAUUGACAAAAUGAAUUCACUCGGUCUAACAUGGCUACAUCAAUUAACGAAUUUAGGAUUCCUUGGUAUGGAAGAAUCCGUAGAGGUUCACAAAUUAACGUGGCUUGUUGGUGAUCAGUAUGUUAAUUCGAGCCAUCUAGUGGAUUCAUGCAACAAAAUGGACCACAUAUUAUCUUUUACUCGUAACUGUUUGCAAAAUUAUCUGUUUAGUGUUAGCAAUUGGUUGAACGAAAUACAUACAAUCAGUUUACGCAAAUUUAUUCUAAGUGCAUUCGACAUGGCACGCAAAAUACAGAUUACUCCUAGAAGAAUACAAUACGCUCAACAAAAGGAAAACGAACUUUAUGCUAAUUUAUUAAAAGUCGUUAAUGAACAGCAGGAAACGUUGUCCGAGUUGAUACAGUUUAACAUUGAAGAUAUGAAAGACGAUAUAUUAAUGUCUACUAGUGGUAUUUCUCAAUAUCAAACUACUGUCAAUAAUAAUAAACGGAUAGAAUGGGCAACUACUGUUCGUGUCGCAACAUCGGAAGUUCAACAAUACGUGUUAAGUCACCUAGGCAAGAAAGUUGCAAAGGAACUUGUGAAUUCGAUCAACUGUCUUCGAGAAACAUUCAUUGGAACUCUCGAACGUUGCUUAAUAAGUCUCGAAAAGACAUAUGAACAUGACAACAACCCACUGGCCAGUGACGCACUCAAACAAAUACUUUCCACAGCAUAUAAUAUAGAACUACACAAUUCGUCGCCGUCUUUAGUGCACUCAUUCCUGGAAAGAUUGAGGCAGCUUUUCAAAUCUCUACCAUUACCAUGGACGCCAACUCCAAUUUUGGACAUGGCCUGGAGAAGAAAGGUCACCAUAGACGUCUUAAACUCUUUGUCGGCAGCAAGAUUGGCAAGGACAAUAUCUACGCAGUUCAAAGAGAAACUGAAGUCGUCGCAUGACAUCUUUCAGGACGCUAUGGACUCUCUGGAGAAUUAUUAUUCGGGGAAUCUGGAGAGGACAGAAGAACAGAGGGUAGCCAUACGAAAGUACCACGCGCCUAAAUUGGCCAAACUUGCGUUGGAAUCCAUGUCUAUGAUGGACAAAGUUCGCUUCGGGAUUCCACAAUGCGGCAAGGAGAUCGGAAGGGGACAAUACGGAGUGGUAUACUCGUGCGACGGUUGGGGUGGAGCCCCAGGUCCGUGCGCAAUAAAAUCGGUCGUACCGCCGGACGAAAGGCACUGGAACGAUCUUGCGAUGGAAGUUUACUAUACCAGGUCAAUACCAGAUCACAAGAGAAUAGUGAAACUUCGUGGAUCGAUCAUAGAUCUAUCGUACGGCGGAGGAUUCGGAUCAGGAGCUGUCCUGUUGAUCACCGAUCGACUAAGCCGCGACUUAUAUUGUGGCUUACGCGCUAGUCUUUCAUGGCUGGAACGUAUACAAAUAGCGAUAGAUGUGUUGGAAGCGAUACGUUAUCUUCAUUCACAAGGCCUGGUGCAUCGAGAUAUCAAGCUGAAGAAUGUCUUACUCGAUAUGGAAAAUAGAGCUAAACUAACAGAUCUUGGAUUCUGCAUUACAGAAGCGAUGAUGUCUGGAAGCAUUGUGGGAACACCAAUUCAUAUGGCGCCAGAACUUUUAUCUGGCCAUUACGACAGUAGUGUGGAUGUAUAUGCCUUUGGGAUACUAUUUUGGUAUAUAUGCGCCGGCAAUGUUCGAUUACCGUAUGCAUUUGAGCAAUUUCAUAACAAGGAGCAAUUGUGGAUAAGCGUACGAAAAGGUAUCAGACCCGAAAGACUGCCACGUUUUGAUGAGGAGUGCUGGAUAUUGAUGGAGCAAUGUUGGUCCGGAGAGCCGUCUAAACGUCCGUUGCUCGGUGCAAUUCAACCGGUGUUAGAGUCUAUUCAACAAAAAGCGGAAAGAGGCAAGUCCUUACAACAAAGCAACGCGCUGAAGCUAGAAGACACAGUGUCAUCAUCCGAACCAACAAAUCCUGCGCUAGUAUUAGCAGAGCCUAAUAACCAAAGAGGUGCUCCAACCAGUCCGCUUCUUCCUAGGGUUUACAAGGGUACCGGAACUGUGAUGCCUUUCUGUCAUACACCUAGACAUUUCGCUUAUCCCAACACGUUCAUUCCUCUUACCUUAUUUUAAAUGUCAGGGGUAAGGUGAAUCAAGCUUCGCAUUAUUACAAUGUUAAAUACAGUUAGAUACCAUUAUAUUUAUUGCUUUGAAAUACGCUUGAAAUACAGCUCAUUGCUCUUAUUUCCACUAGUUCGACGACGUUCAUAUUAGUAUUUCAUAACGCAGUAUUAAAGUGACAAACUUUAUAUGUUUGAAUUGCACUUUCCUUUUCGCGGAUCAUAAAAUCUUUUCUUUUUAUACAGUUUUGAUCCACGCAAGGUAAUAUGUAGUUUAUUGAUAUGAAAAAAUUGAGCCGAUUUUAUUACUUCGAUUUGAUUUUAUUACUAAAUGAUAUAUCGACGGUAAUCUCAGGCUCAUCGUAGAAAGUUUUAUAUAAAUUUUAUAAUAGACACACAAGUAUUUGACAA